AGAAGUUCGUUAAAAGUGUUAGUUUUUACUAUUUCCUUAUUUAUGUUGCCAAGAAAACCAAAAUAUUUCAGUAUUUUACAUAAAAUCAGUUUAUUUAUGUAUGGGGGAGGAUGCUCUUCGUCUGCUUUUCAAAGUCACGUGACUGUCAUGUGACCAGGUUAUUUUUACAUUGCUACAGUCCAGUUCAAAAAAUGUAGUCCGCUUAUAUUUUUUAAUACAUUUUCAAGAUUAAAUUUAGUAAAAGGUGAGUUUUCAGAUUAAAAACUUAUUGAUUCUUAUUUAUUUCAGGUCUGUCCUGUUAAGUCAUCUGCUACAUACCGCCUGUAUUCUCCAACAGCACUGACAAAUGCUUACCAAGCUGUCAUGGACAAGGGCAUGCCGGUGAAGACUGCAGCAAGGCAGUAUGCUGUGCCACAUAACACCUUGAGAGACAGAGUUAAGGGUAGAGUUGAUCCAGAGACAUUAAAGUCCGGACCCCCACCAUUGUUCAGUGUGGAAGAAGAAGCUGAGUUUGUAAAACAUUUAACUGAUAUGGCUAAACUAGGGUAUGGAUAUACAGUCCAAGAAAUAGUUGACAAGGCUUCAAACUAUGCAGUUCAUUUAAAACAUAGAAGCAGAGAUAAACCAUUAACAAUUAGAUGGUUUGCUGGAUUCAAAGACAGGUGGAACCUGAAAGUAUUGAAACCACGUUCUCUGAGUAACUGCCGUGCUUUGUCUCUGAAUGAAGAAGUUGUUGCAGAGUAUUUCCAAAAUCUGGAGACUGUCAUGAAA